GGAACGUGAAGAAACUCAGUGCGUGUGGCCUGUAAAUAGAAAGCUACUGUCUCAUUUCAGUGUUUGGAAGGAACUGGGGCGCGUGUCAAGCUCUGAAGAUCAAAGCGAGCUCAGUUCCGGGAAUGGGAGAGACCACAGAGAGUUCAUUUCUGUAUUCUGAGAGGCUCCUGUAACUUAACUGGGGGAACAGAUACCAACGAGUCUUAUUCCUUCACUCCAGGCUGGCACACUGUGUUUUAAUGUUACUGGUAUAAUGGUAACGUUCAAGAUGUGCUUUGCCUUGAUGAAACCAUUUUGCAACCUACUGGCUUUCUAUGCUUUAGGUGUGCUGCAUCUAGUGCCCGUACAAGCAGAUGUCACAGCGUAUGCAUCUGACAAUGUGUCUCGGACAUUUGAUGACCUACCAGCUCGUUUUGGAUAUAGACUCCCUGGUGAUGGCUUAAAGGGAUACUUAGUGACUGCCAAACCAGACAAUGCUUGUCAACCAAUAUCUCCACCACCAGUCUUGCGAGACAACGCCUCUAGUGUUUUCAUUGUACUCAUCAAGAGAUUGGAAUGUAACUUUGACCUGAAGGUGCUGAAUGCCCAGAAAGCCGGCUACAAGGCUGCUGUUGUUUACAAUGUGGACUCAGAUGACCUUAUCAGCAUGGGAUCUAAUGAUGUUGAUAUAUUGAAGCAGAUUGACAUUCCGUCUGUGUUUAUUGGGGAGUCUUCAGCACGUUCUUUAAAGGAAGAUUUCGCUUGGGAAAAGGGUGGCUAUAUUGUGCUAGUCCCGGAUCUGACCCUGCCAUUGGAAUACUACUUGAUACCAUUCCUUAUCAUAGUGGGAAUCUGCCUUGUGCUAAUUGUUAUUUUUAUGAUCACUAAGUUUGUGCAAGAUCGUCACAGAGCAAGAAGGAACCGACUUCGUAAAGACCAACUGAAAAAGCUUCCUAUACAUAAAUUUAAGAAAGGAGAUGAGUAUGAUGUGUGUGCCGUCUGUCUGGAUGAAUAUGAAGAAGGGGAUAAGCUGAGAAUCCUCCCCUGCUCCCAUGCCUAUCACUGUAAGUGUGUUGAUCCAUGGCUAACCAAGACAAAGAAGACUUGCCCUGUGUGUAAGCAGAAGGUUGUCCCCUCCCAGGGAGACUCUGAGUCGGAUUCAGACAGCAGCCAAGAAGACAACGAAGUCUCCGAAAACACCCCCUUGCUCCGACCCAUGGCAUCUGCCAGCACUCAGUCUUUUGGGGCCAUCUCUGAAUCUCGCUCGCAGCAAAAUGUAAUGGAGUCUUCAGGUGAAGAUGAGGACGACGACGAAGAUGAUGACUCCGAUAGCAGCGACGAGGAGCAUAACACGGAAAGCGUUGUGGUUCAGUUGCAGCACAACAUGGAAAGGGAUUCAAGGGAAAGGAAUACAGUGUGAUAAGCUGCACACUAGUAGCAUUACUACAUAUGUCAAUAAAGAAAAGCCGUUGCCAUUUGCUUACCCCCCAGUUAGGAGCCAUUUAUGACUUUAGCGAAAUAACACAUUUAUUUUCAGAAAAAUCCUUCUAAUGUUGCCUGUUGGCUCCAUAAUAUUUCUGACACGACAGUGCUUCUUAUAGAUAAAGUAUAUGAAUUAUUUUAAUGGAGCUGCUGAGUACCAAGUCAGCCCUGUUUUCUGUAGAUACUACACUAAAAACAUGGCAGUAAGAACCAGCAACACCUGCAAUGGUAUUCUGAGCACCCAAACGUCUGGUGUUGUUGGACUGGGGCUGAUAUAGCCAUAACAAGAAAAGGAGGCUUUCUCUGCCUUACUGUAAGUAGUGGAAAUGAGAUUGAGAACGUGUCCUGGGGACAUUGAAACAACAAGAGCCCUAGUGGUGCCUGAUAUGGGCAAGAAGAGGCCACACACAAAUAUAUGAUGUAAUAACACAAACAUCUCUAUAAUAGAAAAAAACCUUACGUAACAUUGUUGAUUAUUUAUGAUUCAGUAUAGUUAUGUGUACAGGAUGAACUGGAGAAAAUCUAAAAUGUGAACACACAAAAGUGUUUUGUUCAUACUAUAAACAAAAAAAAAACCUCUCUGGUAGAGAAUAUAUAUAUGGGAUUUUUGUUUUCAGCUCUGUACAGUUUCUCUGCAUUAAUGCACUAUAGGAAUAAAGCUUAUACACUUGUACCUAUGAUUAAAGCCACGCUUACCUGACCAAUGUAGAAAGACACAAGACGUAUGUACAGUUCACCAAUUUUAUAUCACUGAGCGUGAAAUCUUAAAAUAAAACGUGGUUUCACAGUU